AUGGGCAAAACGGCGUACACCAUAAACGGUUCCGGAGUGACCGUGAAUGGGCGGAUUGAAAAAAAGCCUCGUCCUGAUGAAAACCGUGAGGGCGAUACAAAGGGUCACCAGGAGGUUAGCACGUUCCGCCGCAUCUUGCCGCAGAUUCUGGCCAGUACGGCCAAAAACUUCCUCUUGCUCGAUCUCGGCAUGGCUGUGGCGUUUCCAACGAUCGCUAUUCCAGCCCUGCGAGGAAUAAAAAAUCGUGCCCCGGACGAAUUCCUGCACUUCACCCCACAAGAGGCAUCCUGGUUCGCAAGUAUCGCGUACAUAUGUCAACCGGUGGGAAGCGUUCUCUCGGGCAUCAUUCUUGAGCCGUUGGGUCGGAAGCGGUCCAUGAUUCUGGUCAACAUUCCGCACAUAAUUGGAUGGCUUAUGCUGCACUUCGCUGGGUCCUUGGAAGAAUUGUUCGUUGCGGCAAUCCUGCUCGGCCUAGGCGUCGGGUUUAUGGAGGCACCCAUCGUGACGUACGUCGGAGAAAUUUGCCAACCAUCGAUACGAGGCAUUCUUACGUCCUGCGCCGGCGUGGCAGUAAUGCUUGGAUUCUUCAUGGUGUACCUGUUGGGAACAGUGACCACGUGGCGCACGACCGCAGCUAUUUGCGCCGUCAUCCCGAUCCUCACGAUGAUUGCCAUUUGCUUCGUCCCGGAGACGCCCAUGUGGCUGUUGUCGAAGCACCGUUCUGAGGAUGCUCUCAAAUCACUACAAUGGCUCCGUGGCUGGGUUUCCCCCAAAGCCGUCGAGCAAGAAUUCGAAGAGAUGAAGCAUUACAGCAACAACUCAGCGAAGUGCGCAUCCUGCGAGAAGACCGGCGUUACCACGUGCCAACAUCCUCCACUGUCGGAGUGGAUGAAGCUGAAGGAGCUGACGCGCAAGCGUAACUUGCGCCCGUUUGUGCUUGUGAUGCUUUUCUUCGUGUUCGGUCAGUUGAGCGGGUUAACUGGCAUGCGACCGUACCUGGUACAGAUCUUCCAGGCUUACGGCGUGCCACUCGAUGCGAAUUGGGCAACGGUCUCAACCGGGCUGCUGGGGCUGAUCGCCAACAUCGUGUGCAUGAUCAGCAUUAAAUUCGUGGGAAAGCGCCGGCUCGCACUCACAUCUAUCUCUGUAACAGCGUUGUCGUGCAUUUCGUUGUCGGUGUACGCUUUUAAAACAUUCCCGCGUGGUUGGACUUCGUUCGAUAGCCAUCCUGAAACGAGCCACGUCACAAACAUGGGCUACAUUCCGAUGGUUCUAUUCUUCAUGUUGGCAUUUUUCACCAGCGUUGGUGUACUGCCCGUUCCUUGGAUAUUGCUCAGCGAGGUGUUUCCAUUCAGAAACCGUAGCCUCGCAUGCGGAAUUACGGCUGCGCUGCACUACGUCAUGUCGUUCGUCACGACGAAAACUUACUUCAAUCUCGAGAGCGCAUUUUCUCUCCCCGGCGUGAUCCUCUUCUACGGUGUGAUGGGUGUCAUCGGGUUUGGUUUUGUGUACUUCUUCCUUCCGGAGACGGAAAAACGCACGCUAGAAGACAUCGAGCUCUACUUUUCCGACAACAAGCGCAAACUUACUGACAUCUACAUUCCACGCCGCAACCGGGACGAGGAAAUGGUGGCCGUUGUUUCGAAAGGUGUAGAAAAGAGAACGGAAAAGCUAGGCAUAGACAACGUUGUAUUUACGGACAGCGAAAAAUAA